UUUCCUGCAACUUUUUUCUUCCCGGAUACCCCGCCCAAACCCACGUAACUGUUGACUGACUCAACCGUGUAACAUUCGGCUGCUCACGCAACCAGACAUCCAGCCUCUUCCUCUUUCCAGCUCCACAGAAGCAGGACACGGUAACACAAAGCCCCACAGGACUUUACUGGACAACAAACUCAGGACAUUAUUUCUAUCGGGAGACGUGGAAAAAAGUUUUGUUUAACUUGCAACCCUCUGGUGAACAACCCGGAAGCUUGUUUUUUCGUCGGCGUCGGAGGUUUCCAGGGUUCAUGCUUUUGUGGAAGACCCUAAACUCGGAUCCAGUCGGUCUGGCUGCAGUCUGUUGCGCGUAUGUGUGUGUGUGUGUGUGUGUGUGUGUGUGUAUUUGCCCCUCCCGGUCAGGUGACUGAGGUGUGUCUAAUCACUAGUGCCUGUGGAGAUGCUUUUGUUCAAUUCUACCUGUUGGUUAACUGAAAGAUGAUCUCCGGCUCAGCGGUCAACUGCGUCCUGUACUGAAGUAGGACUCUGCUCGGGGAACAUGAUCAAAUAACAUGAGGCAUCUUUUAUAACUUUAAGAAACAAUAUCGCCUUUAUUUUUAUGAAAAAACGAGCUUUUUGGAGCCACUUUAGUUUUGACAAGAAAAAAAUCGGUCUCACUUUACCAUGGAAACCCUUUACCUCGAUUGCAAAAGGAGUUUUCUAGAAGUUAACAACCUUUACUAAGAGUUUUGAUACUUUUCUGGGAUUAUAGUGACACUUAAAUAAUAAUAACGAGAAGAAAUAAGAACUUUAAUUCGGUUUGUGUGUGGAAACGCGAUGGCUCUCUCUCAGGUUCAGUGUCUUGAUGACAAUCAUGUGAACUGGCGUCUGAAUGAAUCCAAACCGGAGUUUUUUUACAGCGAGGAUCAGCGGCUCGCGCUUGAAGCGCUUAUUACGAAAGGACGCGACGCGUUUGACGCCCAUGUGAAAGCGCACGAGCUGCGUCCUUUCCUGUCGGAACCCGAACUCGAGUGGUUGCGUCGGAGCAUAGAAGAGUAUAAACCCGGUUCUGAGCAUCACAAACCAGAUGGUACGACAGAGGGAGAGGACGGUGCGAUUUCAUUGCAGUAUUGGCCGGACCGCUCUGAUACCUCCAUACCGAAUCUGGACCUCGGAUGGCCAGACUGCAAUUCUUACCGCGGAGUGACGCGCGUCAAUGUGUUCACGCAACCGCCAGUGGACGGGCAGACGACGCAUAUAAAAGAGGUUGUGAGAAAGGCCAUCGCGCAAGCACAGAAGAUGAUUGCUGUGGUAAUGGAUGUUUUCACAGACGUUGACAUUUUCAAGGAUCUAAUAGAGGCUGGAUUUAAAAAGAAAGUAGCUAUAUACAUUAUUAUAGAUAUUGCAGCUAUACAGCACUUCCUACAUAUGUGUGAGAGAGCCAACAUGCACAGAGGACACCUCAAUCAUCUUCGGGUGCGAUGCAUUGGUGGUGCCGCAUUCUUUACAUGCUCAGCUCAGAAGGUGCAUGGCUCGUUGAGUCAGAAAUUCAUGUUUGUGGAUGGAGACCGUGCUGUGUCCGGAUCAUACAGUUUUACAUGGACAGCUUCUCGUUUGGACCGCAACGUCAUUACAGUGCUGACAGGACAGGCUGUUGAAACUUUUGACAAGCAGUUCCGCGAACUAUACCUGAACUCCCGUGGAGUCAAUCUAACCAAGAUCCCAUUGGCAGACCCUCCAGAGCCUGACCCUGCCCCAAUCGCUGUUCCUCCCCCUGUUCCUGUAACUGUUGCAAGAAAACUAAUUAACCCCAAAUAUGCACUACUUAAUAUAGAUUCAGCAAGCAAAGCCUCUUCAGACAAGGCUAGUGCCAAGAACAGUAACUCCAAAAAUCCUAUGGUCCUGAUUCCCAAGCCUCAACGGGCAUUGAUAGAAGCACCGCAAAUGCACCCAGGACUUGUAGGUCUGCUAAAGGCAGAUCUCAUUCCCUACUUGCCCACCUGGCCUGAGCCAGACCCACCCAGUGAUGUUAUUGGGUUUAUUAAUAUCCGUGAUACAAGCAGGCCAGCGCCGGUGCAUUUAAUGCGCUCACAAAUGUUCGAAACAUCUAAAGCAAUACGUUUUAAAGACCCUUUCACCGCCCCACCUGAGGAACCGCUACCAGAUAAGGCAAGUCCUCGUCCUAAAACAACACAAUUGUCUAAAACAGAUACUGUAGAUGCAAAUGCUCAAUUAAGCACCCAAACUCAGCCGGAGACUGAUUCUAGCAAUGCUAAUCAAGAUACACCAGCCAAUACAUCCGAUUCGCCAAGCUCUCCGAUCCAGAAAGAAGAACCCAAACCCAACCCUCCUCCACAAGAGCAGCAGUCCAACCCUGAAUCAACAGAAGUCAAACAGACUUUAGAAAUGCCUGUGCCCAAGCCACGCACCCUUCAGUUGGUGGUUAAUAGACCGGAGGGCUCUGGAGACGCAGAGGUCACUUUGGUCAGAAGGGAUGAAAACCAGACAAAGGAUGCAAACAUGGACACUCACGACAAUGAUGCCGACAGCACCGCUGUCACCUGUGCACAUUCAUUAAAGGAUAAAGAUGAGAAUUCCACAACAUCCGAUGAAUACUAUGAAUAUACUGACUCUGACAGUAGUGACAAACUCCCUAACGGAAGGUUAACGGGUUCCGGUCGUGUUGGAGACCACAGCCCUGAUGCGCUUAACGUGAUGGCACGUUUCUCUCAAUCCAUGCUGGACUUGCGAUCGGAUGAUGUCGAACAAAACACUGCUGAGAAAAAUCUACUGAACAUGCAGAACAGAGAUAAAACAAAGCUUUACAAGAUGGUUUCCAGGUCAACUGUUCGAGACACUUAUGGCCGGGCCAAAGUGGUGAUUGCUAAACCUGGAGUUUUCCAUAGACCUCCUAAAAGCAGCGGCCAUGUGAUCGGGGGCCACAGGUACUGGCAGGGGGAGGCGCAUGCUGACCUCCCCUCAAAUGGAUCAGGCCAGCAAAAUCUAAACCGCUCUGGCCGUUCCCCUAGAAGACAAAGCCUCACCUAUACGAUAGAAGGACUGCGAACCGGCAAAACACACGCUCAGCGGCUCACGCACUCUCAAUCACUCUCUCCUGCUCAUCGGGCUUCUCAAACAAAGUCUCCGUCUCCUCGUAGACGGGUUGAGACUCGUAUGCCAUUAGGAUUAUCUUUAUCUAAACUCGCCAGCUACAAACACCUCAGGGGGAAGGUUCCAGUGAACACGUCUGGUUUUGCUUUAGGGGAUAAAUUGUUGACACAGAGGCACAAUGAAAAUUAACUGAAUUAUGGUGGCUUUCUUUCAGAAAAUAAACAACAACUUUGUAUUGAGUACAAAGGCAUUAAUGUGCAAUGAUGUAGCCAUCAGUCUCCACUGAUAAAGACUUUUCAACUGGAUCUUUAAACUGGACCGUGGCAAGCAAAACUUGUUACAAGCAGCCUUACUCUUUAUUGACGUGCCUUUAUUGUGUAAUCUGGACUAGUGCAAAAAUUUGGUGGUGGAUUUGUGACCAUGGUGAUGGCGAUUUCACAUUCACCCCGGUUGUUGACUAAUUAUUGUCUCAGCUUGUGGGAAAAGAAUGCUGAAAAGGUUAAGGUACAGUACAAACUGACAGAGUUAAUUUUAAAGUCUGCAUUUGUCCAUGGUUUUAUAUGAGGAGAUCAGACCGUCUCGAGGCCUGUUCACACCAAGAUGAAUGUUUGUUGUGGUUGAACAUUUUUAUUUGAAUCGCUUCAGACUGCUACAAACAUUGACAUGCUGUCAGUGCAACAGAUUCUUUGUUUAUGGAGAGGCGUUCUAAUCUCUUUUCCUGCACAUUGCAGAAAAAAAAGACUGG